CAGCUUGUCACAGCGCCGCUCGCCAUGGAGGGACCACACCGCAGCUGCCUCCUCCUCCUCCUCCUCCUCCUCUGCCUGCUCCCACCGCCGGGCAUCCCAGGCCCACCGCCGCCUCCGGAGGAUCCUCGGGAGCCGCCGCUGCCGCCGUCCGGCACCGCUGACCCCACGGCGCACCUGCUGCGCGGCCACCCCUCGGCCCCGGUGCGGCCCUACAGCCUGUCUCUGGCCCCCGAGGAUUAUCGCUACGCCCCCAAGCCCCGGCACCUGCGCCCCGGGCGGCUGCGCCGGCUCCUGGGCUCGGCCUUCGACCCCUUCUGGAUGGCGACCGAGGAGCCCCGCGGUCGCAACGGGAGCAUCCUCGAGAACCUGGAGUCCAUGAGCAAGGACCUGGCCGAAGGCGCCGGGCGAUAUCGCCGCAAGCUGUGGCGAGAGGUGGAGGGGCUGGAGCUGCCCACGCUGCUGCCCCCCGCCCCAGAGCUGCCCCCAGAGCUAGCGGGGGCCCUGGCCCGCCGCUUGCGGCAGUGGCUGGUGGAACGGGCCGCCUGCCGCCUCGCCUCCGUCUGGGUCGACCUGGGAGCCGUGUUCUGGCCCCGCUGGGUGCGCCACACCACGUGUGAGAGCGGCCCGGCCGGCUGCUCCUGGCCCCCCGGCAUGGCCUGCCGGCCCGCACAGCUCACCCGCAUCAAGCUGCUGGCCUGGCACUGCUGGAGCCCGCAGCCCCCCGGCCCCCCAAACUGCACCUGGCGGCACAUCCCCUACCCCGUGGUGGCCGCCUGCAAGUGCUCCUGCCGCUGAGGGGGCUGCGGAGGUACCUCCCGGUGCCUGCUCUUGCAGCCAAAAGGCCUGAAAAGGCAAACGUCUGCCUGGACUCACCCUCGGAGCUGGGGAAAGAUCCCCAAGCAGAAAUAAACCUCCAGGAAGCAA